AUCCUUAGUUCGUUAUAUAUGUAAACACAAUUUAAAUUUCGUCAACAGAGCUUGGCAGCAGCAGUUCUACAUAUUUAAUGAGUGUCCUCAGAACAGUCAUCAAGUCAAUAUCUAUUCUGAAUAAAGCGCAUAUACUUUCUAACGUUUGUUAGAUUUCGAAUUUCGCUCAUUAUAUAUUUCCGAAAAAAACUGUUAUAAGUAACAUAUCACAUGCGACAGUUACUAAUUUAUACGCAGUCAUAUUGCUUUGAAAGUGAUGGCGCAUCAAUAUGUAACGUUUAAGAGUACUCCACUUGACAACUAUAACUACUUUUUCAAUCCAAACGUUUGUCACGUUUGUAAGUGCACAGUUGAGAGUACGCUGAAAACAUGUAUUCUAUGUGACAUGAUCUCUUACUGCAGCGAGGAGCACAGAAUACUACACCGACAACAGCAUGAGAUGAUCUGUUCCGCUAUAAUAAAGGUAAACCAGCGGAAAGGGAUAAAGAACAUUGGAAUAAUGUCGAUUGAGACAUGGACCAAGUUUCAAAAGGAGAAUAUACAAUUAAUACAGAGCAUUCUAUGUCGUGAUCUGGAGAAGUACGAAAAGCAAAUGUUCCUAUUCGCAAAGUCAUGUUACAUGUGUCGUAAACAGGUCAACUUGAUUGGGACUUGCGGAGAGUGCAAGUCUAUCAACAUUUGUCCUGAGCACUCAUCUACUGGUAAUCAUGAAUGCUCCAUGCUGCGACUUUGUCUCACAUUGGAUAUUUGCAACGCUACGUGGAAUAAUGUACCGAUUAGCACAAUCCCUAAAGAAUAUCUGGAUUUUAAUGGCGCUCUUAACGACAUGCAGUCAUUUAUAAGACGCUUUUGUGCAGUGCAAAUUUAUAACGAAGGAACUGUAAUUUCUUGGGAGCCAUUAGAUUAUAUAAUUAGUGAAAAGCUCUCAGGUCCGAUGACGCUGUGUAAUGUUCUUGUGAGAGAAGGAUUAUUAAUUGUACAGCCAAUUAUUCGUUUCAUCGAAAUUCAUAUUAUUGCUGAAAAUGCUAUGGAUGUGCUCAGUUUAUCAGCAUGGGAAAUAGUCUUACAUGUUUUUCCCCCGAAUACAAAGCUGGUAAUUGUAACGAUUGGAAAGAAAGCACCAUAUAUUUGGAUUGAAUUUCAAGUUUGCGAACAAUGCAAGCAACUUCAUAAAGCACUUCGUUAUGAAAGUCAUACUAUGUCAUACACUAAUUACACAUCGCGGUACGGAAAAAUACGACCAAUUAUAAUUCUAGUGUUUCAUGACGAGUAUGAGGAUGACCUGCUAUCAGUUGAAAAUUUAAGAACGUUACAGCUUAUAGGUUGCCCAGUAAUAUUAACGACUAAAUCGAUCAAUAUAUCCUUUGAGCUCACAAUAAGGAUAAAACUAAUAUUAAGUUUCGAUACACCUUUGCCAUACUGUAUUUACAAAAUCAAUAAAUUCUCGUCUCGUAGACCGCAAAGAGACAUUGGGAGUUGCUCAGUAUUUUUCUCUAAUACACAUUUAGUUGUAUAUGAUAAUCUAAAUACUCUGAGUAAUGCAGCUCAAGCUUGUAGCAGUGUUAUUAGAAAUGUUUAA